UACAAGACGCCAUAUUGCUCUCAGCUGGACUCGGGAGGUUGCGUAAAGGAACUAAUAAUACCUAGCUACACCUAGGCGUUUCUGACAUUAUUCAUCUUAAAUGGACGAGAUGGCAAGCCCAGGGAAUGACCGAAUGAAGAGUUACAAGAACAAAGCGCUGAACCCACAGGAGAUGCGCCGGAGGAGAGAGGAGGAGGGGAUCCAACUCCGCAAACAGAAGAGAGAAGAGCAGCUGUUCAAGAGGAGGAAUGUGUGUGUGCCCUCGGGCGAUGAGUCCAUGUUGGAAUGCCCUAUCCAGGACCCUGACAUCAGCUCCACUGCACCAGUCUCAGGUGAAGGUGUCAUAACUCCAGACAUGAUCCAGAUGAUCUUCUCUGAGGAUCCAGACCAGCAGCUGAUCGCCACACAGAAAUUCAGGAAAUUACUCUCCAAAGAGCCCAACCCUCCCAUCGAUGAGGUCAUCCUCACCCCAGGGGUCGUCAAUAAGUUUGUGGAGUUCCUCAAGAGGAGUGAGAACUGCACUCUUCAGUUUGAGGCAGCCUGGGCCCUGACCAACAUUGCCUCGGGGACCUUCCUGCACACCAAGGUGGUUAUCGAGACCGGAGCAGUGCCCAUCUUCAUCGAGCUGCUCAACUCGGACUACGAGGAUGUCCAGGAGCAGGCCGUGUGGGCCCUGGGGAACAUCGCCGGGGAUAACGCAGAGUGCAGAGACUACGUUCUCAACUGUGGCAUCCUGCCCUCCCUACAACAGCUGCUGGCUAAAUCCAACCGUCUCACCACAACUAGAAAUGCUGUAUGGGCUCUGUCUAACUUGUGUAGAGGGAAGAACCCCCCUCCAGACUUCGCCAAGGUGUCUCCCUGUCUGAGUGUGCUGUCCAGGCUGCUGUUCAGUAGUGACCCAGACGUGUUGGCUGAUGCCUGCUGGGCCCUCUCCUACCUGUCUGACGGACCCAAUGACAAGAUACAGACUGUCAUCGACUCUGGGGUCUGCCGCAGACUGGUGGAGCUACUCAUGCACAGUGACUAUAAGGUGGUCUCUCCUGCACUACGUGCUGUGGGCAACAUAGUGACAGGAGAUGACAUUCAGACUCAGGUGAUUCUGAACUGCUCGGCGCUGCCCUGCCUAUUACACCUGCUCAGCAGUCCCAAGGAGUCCAUCAAGAAGGAGGCCUGCUGGACUGUGUCUAACAUUACAGCUGGAAACCGAGCACAGAUCCAGACGGUGAUAGAUGCCAACAUCUUCCCAGUCCUGAUAGAGAUUCUUCAGAAGGCAGAGUUCCGCACCAGGAAGGAAGCAGCGUGGGCUAUAACCAACGCUACCUCUGGGGGCACUCCUGAGCAGAUCAGGUACCUGGUUAGUCUGAACACCAUCAAGCCCAUGUGUGACCUGCUGACAGUGAUGGACAGUAAGAUAGUGCAGGUGUCUCUGAACGGCCUGGAGAACAUCCUGAGACUGGGAGAGCAGGAGGCCAAGCAGAACGGCACCGGCAUCAACCCUUACUGUGCCCUUAUAGAGGAAGCCUAUGGUCUGGACAAGAUAGAGUUCCUGCAGAGCCAUGAAAACCAGGAGAUCUACCAGAAGGCUUUUGACCUGAUCGAGCACUACUUUGGUGUGGAGGAGGAGGACGCUAGCAUCGCCCCUCAGGUGGACCAGAACCAAGGCCAGUUCAUCUUCCAGCAGCAGGACGGGCCCAUGGAGGGCUUCCAGCUCUAACCACACCCUGACCUUUGACCUUCACCCCUCUGAGUAUCUACUACCCCCGCCCCAGAGAUUCCAGCCUCCGUAGGGCUGUUUAGAACUGAACUGAUGACACUACCCCAUCUCUCCUCUCUCACUGGACCCACCAGCUCCACCUCUCUCUCCAAAUCUUCAUCUCCUGCAAGGCUAGCCUUGCCCUGCCACACCACCCUAUCUGGAGAGAGAGAGUGAGCACGAGACGGAGAGACUGACUGACUGAAAGACUGACUGACUGAGGACAGCUCAUUCUCAGUGUUUGAGACUUGUCCCCAGCUUCCUGGAGCUGUAUGGAGCAUUUGGGUUGUUUCUUUCUGUUGUAGACAAUACAGUCUGUGCAGUGGCAAGCCUCCUAACAUGGUAGGCAUAUGAAAGAAAGAGUUGGCUGAUAUUUUGUCUUACUCCCUAAAUGUAUUUUUAUUUUAUUAUAAUUAUUUUCUGUGAUAUUAUUAUAAUAAUACAUUAUUAUUAUUAUUACAAUGACACUGGUGUCUCAAUCACCCUCCAUAUCUCCUUUUUAAAUGUGAAACUACCUCUUCAGUCUUCAAAAAGAAAACAAAAGAUAUGAACAUAUGAAGCAUUUGACUGAGGAUUCUCUGGAUUUCACCAGAUAGUCCAAGUAAAACUAUCCCUACUAGUGUCCUGAAGAGGUUUAGUGACUGUAUCAGCUCAUUUCCUAACUUGUUGUACCUUUUGACCAGAGCUGAGAGAACGCUAGGCUACAGACGGCCUACUGUUUUCGCUCGAAGAUGUACAUUGUGUCAUGAUGGUAAUGAUGAUGUGUGUAUUUCAGUGACAUAUUAUUUUUGAAGUUGGAAAGCAGCUGCACAUCUCUUUCUCUGCACAUCUCUUUCUCUGGGGUCUCUCCUAUGUUGAAGAUGGACUAUGGUUGACCUGGAGAUGCCUAAUCUUAUUUAUUCUGUUGAAAUAUCUUUCUGCUCAUUUGAGGGAGAGAUGGUAAAAAACUGUAAUUAUUAUUAUCUGCUGCUCGCCACUGCUUAGCCCUGGCUGCAAUAUUAACGUUAGAAUAACAUUCAGGACACCAGUUGCAUCAAACUGACUGCAGUAAUGUAGAUACAUAGUGUUGGAUGGCACUGCAUGUAACUUGCUGCAUUAGUCAGCAUAGCGUUCAGCCAGGCUUAUGCUUAUCUGUAACAACUUUCCGGUAGGAUUGGGACAACGUUAGGGUAACGUUGAGGAGUGUUCUGCUUGUGUGAGUGCUCCUUAUUGAAGCGCUGCCAGCCAGCCACAAGUACAGGGCCAGAUGGGUUAGGUUCAGUGACUAGCGUCUUUGUGAUGCAGUGUCUGUCUGUAACAAUCUCCAGGUGAAUAAAAACCCAGGCUCUCAGAGUUCUUUUGUAGUUGUUGUUUUUUCCUUCAUCUCACCAUGAGUUAUUAUGAUAUCAUGACUUAUUUGUUUUUCCUGCAGUCUUUUUGUUUUAUCAGUGGUGGUUAACCAUGCAUUGGACUUACUUAACGCUAUUGGACGUUGAUAGAAAAUGCUCAGUUGAACUCGAGUUGCUCUGUAUAUUAUAUAUACAUGUAAUAAAUUAUAUGGGGGAAAAAAUACCUACUAAUUGGAAGGGGUGAUUUAUUAAAUGCAGUAUAAUGUGUUUUCUGACAGAUAUGCUGUGGUGUUGUACUUAUGGUUGAGUCUUUGCACACUUAUCUGUUGCUGCUUUAUUCUGAUCUUCUGUUGGUCAUGUUUGUCUCCUCUGGUUCCCCUCACCUUUAGAACUGCUUCUAGAAUGUUUUGUUUAGAACAGCUUCUAGAAAACUGAUUUAAUUGUUUAUUAAAAAUGAUAUGAACUCUUGAUUGGUGGAGGAAACCCAAACUGGCUAUAGGCUCAGCAGUUCAUGCUGAGCCGUUAAGUGUGUGACCACAAGCACAGUAUUUCAGCAUUCUACUUUUCUUUUAGUUUUAAUCUCAUCACUCCUGAAACCUGGCUCUUUACUUUUGGCAUGUUAUGUUUUUGAAAAUUGUAGAUUCUGUAUACAUUUUGAGUACCAUAUUAAUUGAUCCAAGGACUUAAAUUAUAUAUAUUUACGUGAGAUGGAAACUGUUUGUAAUGCUACAUUUUGUCAUGCACAUUAAAAAUUGUGUAUAGUUUUCUAAUAUUUCUCAUGUUUGUACGAUUGGAUGAUAUGUUUUAUGUUGAUUUAUUUCUCCCCCAUUUGGGAAUUUUUUUCAUUUUGGCUUUGAUACAGAGGCUAUAAGGACUUCUGGGGUAUUCUGUCCAGAAUCCUCUAGUGUAGGUGAUUACCGGAUGAUGCCGCCAUUGUGGUUCUCUUUACUUUAACCCAAUGGACCACAGAGGGCUGUGUGUGAAGCUGGACUAAACAGCUCCUCUCUGUGUUACUCAUGGAGCUGUUGUCUGGCUCUCCUUUGAGGAAUUAAUGUCGACUUGACUAAAAUAAUGAAAUAAAAUGAUCUGUUACACAAGGCCUCUUGUCGGCUGGAA